AUGUACGAGUGGGUCGAGGGCAAGCGAGAAGUGUUUACGUUCGAGGGCGACGAAGGGGCGUUCACGACCAUCUCCCCAAGCAAGAGCAGCGUUCCGUUGGCCGCGAACCCGUUGGAGUUGCCGCAAAAUGCAUGCAACUACGUUCGGUACAUCAUAACGUACGUCACGUUUGCCUUGAGCGGGGUCGCGGUCGUUUUGGUCGGGUACGCAGCCGUGGCAAGGUUUCAACUGGGCGGGCUGCAGCUGCUCCAGUUCAAUCGGGUCGUGGGGUCGGUCUGGAUCGGUCGGCCCUUCCUUCUCCUGCGAGGCAUGACCGCCGUUGUCAUGCUCAGCACGGCCAACAUGGUGUUCGUUGUAACCCAUGGCUUUUCCCAUCUUCAGCUGGAGGCUCGGUCGAUCGUGGACAUUGCCGUGCUGGCGGGCGAGACGACGUGGGUCAGCUAUACCAUCAUCGAUUUCUGUUUACCGUUUCUUGGCGACUUGUCAGCGGUGCUGUCUCCCAUCAGCGCCUUGGUCGGGUGGCUCGUCGUGGUCAUUCUGGAACUCGCGGACCCGGUUGCGGUCGCUGCCGCAAUUGACACCAAAUGCAAAGCCGUCACUGUCGACAACAUGAUCGAGUGUUCGGUCGGGUCGUUCACCAUUGGAAACUCGACGCGCCUCGUGUGGAUUUGCGUCAUUCAUUUGAUCGCGGUUGGUGUGGCCACGGCCUGUGCCGUGGGAUGGACUCAUUUCCGCCAUCAACGCAGCGGCACUCGCACGGCAACAACGGCCAUGCACCACCUCCUCAUCCCCAUGGCGGCGCAGUCGUACUUGGUUCACCGUCCCAACGACCGGAUGACACAGCUCGACAACGUGUCGUGCGUCAUGUCUGGGAUGAUUCCUCUGGUCGCAGGCCUCUUUGACGCCAAGCUGUGGGGAUAUAUUCCACUCGAGAAGCGAAGCGCGUCCGACCUAUUUCUCCUGCCAAACCCGACUUUUCGAACAAAGUCGCAGGCAGGAAAGGAGUUUGUGGAGUCACGCCAGCAGCGCAUCAUGCGGUUUAUGGCGAUUGUUGGUCUAGGCUACAUUGCUAUGACGUUGGCAGGAAGUUAUGGCUACCUGAUUCUCACCGAAUCCACGAUGGCCAACGACUUUUGGUGGGCGACAUUCAACACAACCGGCGCGCAGACGUAUUUGUCGAUGGUGUUUACGUCGCAGCUCCAACUUUCGAGUCGUGUCGCACCGACUCAAAUCGACACUGUGUUGUACGGUGACACGGGCGCUUGGUACGGCGCUGCCAAGACGUCCAUCGCAACAUCGCCACUGUAUGCAACGGCUAUCGAAAACGAAGCGCAUUCGCUAUCGAACGUCGUUGUGGGAUUGAGGAAAAUGGAUGGCUGUCAGGUGCCGUGGAUUUUCUCCGCCUACUGUUACGUGGACUUCGACCGACGGUGGGAAAUGGCAAACUCGGCCGGCAAACAAACCCGUUGCUUGUCAGAAAAAACGAAUGGCGCAGUGUACUUGGAGUCGAUCUUGCGAAAUGCGCAAUGGAAUGACUUGAUGAGUUGCUGGGGCGACGACCUGAACACUGCCGUCUUUGCACCGAUUGGGGCAACGAACGACGGCAAAGCAUGGCUCCAAGCGACCCAGACGAAUGCGCUGACCGUGGCGGACGAAGUCAACCUUUGGACGGCCAAAGGCAUCACCACGUACGCGACGCAGUGGCAAAAUUUUAAACGUCCAGGCGUGAUGGAGUUUGUCUCGAUUCGCAACGCAUUUGGGAUCUCGUAUCCGAUCACGAUCAAGAAAUCCAAUGGCACGUUCAGGCUAGCUUCUCAAUAUACGUACAAGAUGUACUGGGGCUUGGCGAACGAUCUGCUUGCGACGCGAGAGAAUUCUUCGCUGCUGUCGGGCAAGUCGUUUGUGCGAGCCAGUCGCAACUAUGCGUUCGAAAACACCUCGAUGGAGCAAGUGCUCGUCGGCGCCGGCUACAUGCCGUCCGUGCUCGGACGAAACAUGGCCACCCUGCGGUCUAUACUGGGCCCGUUUGGGUCAAUCGAUGUCCGGGGGGUGCCGUGCCCCCCUUCGGUUCGGGCGCUGUUCAACUCCGUGAACCAAAUCGUCACGACAGUUCUCGCGCGAGACGACGUCCACAAAUACAACUACUCGGCGAUCAUGCCCACGUAUUCGUUUGCGAUGCUACCCAAUGCAUGGCGGGGCGCUGGACCGCCAACGACGUGA